GAUUCAAUAGAUUGAGGACCCGGAUUAUGUCAUUAAAAGGUGUCCAAUCACUCGUCCCGUUACCAAUACGACUGUCGAGGAUUACUUGAAAUUAUUUUGCAGCCCCAACAGCUUCCGCAAUUCUACGCAACGCAACCACCCAACUUACCUACAACCUCUAACUCAACCGCAGAAGGCGGUCUACCAUAAGUACGAGUUUCAAUAAGCCCUCGAAUUAAGGGCUAGCAAGUCUAUACUCACAAUGGAUGCUGAGUGGCAGUACAACCUGCUCGACGAGGAUAUGUCGCUAAUUAUGGACCUGAAUGAUCCUUUUGGGUCUAUACCUUCUGAGAUAGACCUCUCCCUCGUUGACUCAUACCAACUAGCAGACGACACGGCAUUGACUAUGGGAGAUCCACUAUUGGGCCGCGCUAUAGCAUGCGAUGAGUACCUACCUGAUGGAGCAUACCCUGACUUUCUAGCCGACGUAACGAGCCGAACAGAUAACAGCUCUUUCCCAAACACAGACUGUCCGACUACCUUUGAUGAGCUGAUUGUAUCUGAUGUGCUUGGUUCGUCACAAAAUAGCAUAGAUCAUGUAACAUUCUCAAGUGGCUCAUCGCUAUCACCUAGCUUCGAGAGCACUAUCAUUUCCCCUUGCAUCACACGAUCCCCCGCCCUAUGGCACUCGCCAGAGAUGGAUUACAUGCGGAACAAUAUAUCUUCUUCCAGUUCUGCCCAUCAAUAUUCACCUUUAUCUUCUGCAACACUUUCAACAUCCUCUCCAUCAAUCUCUAUAAACGAAUCAUCACUGGCGCAAAAGGGAAAGGCUACUAGGGGGAAGAAGUCACCGCUUCGAAAUCUGAGUCGCGAUCUUCGCCACAUUUUCAGACCCGAGGUGUGCCACCUGUGCUUCAAGGGACAUCCAUACACACGAGAGUUGGAAGAGCAUAUAAAAGUUCACCAUCCGGCAGAAGCUUCCAGGUUGCGAAUUAAUAUGACUCGUCCAGUAUGCAACGCCUGUAGAAAGACGUUUUCUCGCCCGUGCAACUUGAAAAGGCAUAUGGAUCAUAGUUGCAAGGGCUUGCCAGUAAAAGAGUAAAUACAAGAGUAAAAUACAAAAAGAAGCUAAG